GCUCAAUAGUCCAUGACCGGCCGGGUCUUGAAAGCCGCCCGAGUGGCUGUUGCUAGCCCAGAUCCGCAGGCAAUGGGAAGCAUCGGAUAUCGCUGCUAGCUCCAUCGAUCUUCCGAUUAGGUUCCAACUCCAAGUCAGCUUCAAAACCAGGUAAUCCAGCAAUUUCUCGUGUUGUUUGCAGUGUUGGGACCAGGUCGGCACAGGAGGAAGUAGCCUUCUUAUACAAAGGCGUGUCUCUGUCAAUACGAGAGUGAAUUGAGUUUCUGGUUUCCAUGGCACGCCUUCCGCCCUUGGUUGAGCCUCAAGAACCAUAUUUCGACCAUCAAGGUAACAGGCAGGUAAGUCCGCCACUAUGGAUAAGGAAUCUCCAUCAAGUCAGACGGAGCCGUUCUCCGGCCGAGGUUCCAUUGUCAUGCUCAAAACAACAGCGGCCUCAAUCAUGGCUGCGACGCCUACGCAGGAUGGGGAACCGGGGCACCACCGUGUUUCUCGCACACGGCGUGCGGCGAUAUUCCUGUUUCUUCUCCUGAUACAGUUCGUUGUUCAUCUUGACAUGACCUCGGUAGCUGUGGCCGUGCCGGAUAUUGCGAGAGACUUGAACGCGACGAGAACGGAAGUGUUUUCCAUGGGCACCAUAUACUACCUGAGCGCCACCAUCUUCCAACAGCCCGUUGCAGAAAUCUCCCAUGUCGUCGGAAGAAAGCCAGCGUUUCUGCUAGUAUUGACUUUUGCAGCCGCCGGGACAGUCAUCGCUGGAACGGCAAACAGUAUCGCCGUCCUUCUUGCCGGCCGUGCUUUUCAGGGAUUUGCCAACGCCGGCUCGGUUCUCUCUGCUAUUAUCCUGACCGACCUCGUGCCUAUCCAAGAUCGAGCCAUCUGGCUGGCAACCCAAAAUGCUGUCACCGCUGUCGGUCUUGCCUGCGGACCAAUCAUCGGAACGGCAUACAUCAGGCUCAAAUCUUGGAGAAUGUUGUUCUUCAUGAACCUCCCGCUGCUUGUCAUCUCUGCUAUCGGUCUGGCAUUCCUGCUCGGGUUUGACAGACCUGAGCUAGGCAUUCGAAAAAGUCUGAAAAGUGUCGACUGGAUCGGUAUCGGAAUAUUCAUCCCGUCUGCCCUGUCAUUCCUCUCGCCAUUUGUCAUGGCUCCGACGCUUUUCCCGUGGAUAUCCGUCCAGGCUUUGGUACCGUUAGCAUCGGGCGUCAUUGGGUUGGCGACACUGGCGGUGCAUCAACGGUUCUUUGCGAGGCGCCCAAUGUUCCGGCCCGAGAUUUUCAGUAAGCAUGUCACCGUCUCAGCCAUCCUCGGCCUAACGGUCUGCGGCAUCUGUCUGAACAUACUCUUGUUCCAUCUCGUCCUCUUCUGGGAAGGUGUGCGGGGCUAUGGUAAGAUGGAAACCAGCGUCGCAGUCCUUCCAGAAACAGUGAGCAUACCCAUUGCGGCCCUGGUGUGCGGCUUGGUGAUGCGUCGGACGAAUCGAAUCCGGGAGGCUGUCUCGGUAGGCUGGCCAUUAGCUGUUCUCUCACUCGGCCUUCUGUGGUUCAUGGACGACAACACCCCUCUGCCAUGGUUGGUCAUCGUCAACUGCGGUGUUGGUUUGGCGGCAGGCAUCUUGAUGGCAGCGCUCAAUGUUUCGCUUCUCGCAGCGACAAAGCGUGAACUUAACGGCCAUGCAAUUGCCAUGGGCUUACAGGCCAGGUCGGCUGGAAUGUGUCUUGGUAUUGCCAUUGGCACAACUGUCUUCAGCUACACCAUGAACCAGAGGCUCCGGCAGGUAGGCGGGGAGAUGAACUCUGAAGAAAUCUUGAGAAUGAUUGAAGAGAUCAAGCGGGAUCCCAACUGCCGGAAAGCCAUCAUAGAUGCUCUUCGCGUGCUUUGGGUCAUUUGCUGUGCCCUGUCCGGGAUAGUUGGUCUCUACAACUGCGUCUGCAAAUUCCCUCUUCUGAGGGAUCCCUCCGCCGAGGGCCCAGGCACAGAGAGAGUUGCAGCCAACGGACCGGAGAAGAGGGCAAACUCGAGCACCGUCGCUUCUCAGGACUCCAAAGUCUGAUACCUAAGAGACGAUAAAGGCAUACCGAGAAACGAAUUGACAACUGGGUGGCUAUUUUGUUUACUUGGAGUUGAUUGGUCCAUCAGAAGCUUGUUGAUACCCGGCAUGACUGGCCAACUACAUUGGGCGGCGUUCUGGAGCAACUUUGGGAUAGACAGGUAGGUAAUGAUUUGAUGCCCUAUCAGAUCACGAUCUAGCAUAAGCACAUAUGAAUACAUGGCGCAAUGAUCACGAAUACAACACGAUCAAGAACACAUGCGUUUCAGCAGUAUGGCGAGAGGACCACAGUCACCUUGGGACUAGUUUCGGCAUACCGGUACUUCGUACUGGAUGACUGUCGCCAGAAGAAUUGACUCUUUCGAGUAUCAUCGUCGAUGGGGAACAUCUACGUCAGAGGGGUGGUCGCGUGCUUGAAGUUGGUUGACAGCUGACAGUUCCCAAAAGGCGGGGUGAUUGGGCGGCCGAGCUGUGGCAUCGGAGCAAGGGAAAGAGCCUCCCAUUCAAGCGGUGCAACUCCGGGAAGGUGCACCGAGACACGUGAAGCAUCAGUCAUGGCCGAUGAAGUCGCUCAGCAAUGCUCAACACCACCUCAAUUCAUUAGCACACCACUUAUUUCCUGUCUCUCAUUCAUUUGCUUGUCACC